AUGUUCUUGUUCAUUUUAUUAUUUUUCGCUGCGGCAACAUUAUGUUUUGCUUAUAUAAGCGGAAGAUACAACGAAAACUAUUGGAAGAAAAGAAAUGUUGCGUUUGCAUCGAAGCACAAAGUGUUGGGAGUAUUUUAUGACUUUGCAUUUAAUAAGAAACCAGUUUUUGAAAACAUAUAUGAAAUUUACAAAGAGCAUCGAAAUGAACCGGUUGUUGGUAUCGGUGCAUUAUUAACACCGUCAUUAUGCUUAAUAGAUCCCACUAAUAUGCAAUAUGUAUUAGCCACGGACUUCUCUUCCUUCAAUCACAGAGGACUGGAUACAAACGAAAGUGACCUACUCGCUGACAACAUUCUGUUUAUGACCGGAAAUCGCUGGAAACUGAUGCGUCAAAGCAUGUCACCGCUGUUCACAUCUUCUAAAUUGAAAUCCAUGUACUACAUCGUAGACAAAAGUGCAACAGACUUCGUGGAACACUUGAAGACUAACAGAGAACUAUUGAAAGGUGAUGGAUUUAACACUUUAUCUUCAUUUUGCAGUGCAGCUAUAGGAGCUGCUGUGUUUGGAGUGAGCACAGGAUCCAUUUUCGAGUCGCCCUUCCUUGAAAUGGCACGUAAAGCAACAAAAGCAACUGUACCAAAUAGCUUUAAGAUUGCUAUUGGUAACUUGAGUAACAGAUUAUUUAAUUUAUUAGAUUUAAAAUUAUUUAGUAAGUACGAACCUUUCUUCAUUGCUGCAAUUAAGAAUAUCAUACGCAAACGAGAACAAGAAAAAACCAAACGGCAUGACUUCGCUGAUAUAUGCGUAGCCUUACAGAGUGCUGGUAAUAUUGUAGAUAAAGAAACUGGCUUAGAAUUAAAACCAUCAGAUGAAAUAUUGUCCGCACAAGCCUUCUUCUUCUUUAUCGCAGGCGUGGAACCUACAGCUCAAGCGCUAUUUGCAACAUUAGUAGAACUGGGCAGACAUCCAGAAUAUUUAGAAAAAGUUCAGAAUGAAAUCGACGAAGCCUUUAAGAUGCAUGAUAAUAAAAUGGAUUACGACAUUGUAAUGAAUAUGAAGUACAUUGAUAUGGUUAUUAGUGAAGCUUUGCGAAUGCAUCCACCUGUCGGCUUUAUAACAAGAAGAUGCAUAAAAGACACCAUCCUACCAGUAGGUAAUGUCAAAGUUGAAAAAGGUACGAGAAUAAUGACCCCCAUAUUUGCAGUACAUCAUGACGAAAAAUUUUAUCCAGAGCCCGAGAAAUUUAUACCAGAACGAUUCGCUCCAGAGAAUAAGCACAAAAUAAUGGAUAUCGCUUAUAUGCCAUUUGGUAAAGGAAAUAGAAUAUGUAUAGGUAAUAGAUACGCUUUGGUACAAGCUAAAGCCGGUUUGGUACAUUUACUUAGAAAUUUCAAUGUAAGGACCAUUAUUACGAAUAAUGGACCCAAUUACAUAGCUCACCCAGCGCAAGUGAGAUUUUGCGAUGUAGAUAUUGAAUUCAUACCGAGGUCUAUUCCUAAUUAA